GUUCGGGAUGACUCUUGAGCGAAGCCUCUCCUCCUCACUUCCCAAUCCCAAAAUCUGCAGAAGCRUUGAAGAGCACCUGAAAACUGGAUGGGCAGCACCAGGAGCAAAACUGUCAGCAAGAACUGGUUUUCUUCUCUGCCUGUUUAGAGRAAUCUAGCUGGUGUCUCACUGAGCAGAAGAAGUGAGCUGGGCUGAAACAGGAUCCUGCACUCCAGGUUUUCAAAUGGCUGAUCCUUUUCUAUACGAUACUGGAGACAGAUCUCACUAUGGGUGCCUUGGACAGGAAGUACAAAUUGAGUACCUUAAGGCAUAUAUUUGUAGACCAUCUGUUUUGACGGACAAAGCUGUGAUUGUAGCUCAUGAUGUUUUUGGAUGGCGGUUCCCAGAUAUUAGAUACAUUGUCGAUUUGAUGGCAAGUCAUGGAUAUAUAGCCAUCUGCCCAGACUUCUUCAAGGGGACAAAACCCUGGACAUCUACUGAUCACUGGGCUGACUUUUCUGACUGGAUGAAAAAUCAUGAUCCUAUGAAAGUAGACAAGGAAGCUGAUGUUGUCUUGAAGUAUCUAAAGGAACAAUGCGGUGCAAAGAAGAUUGGUAUCGUUGGGUUUUCCUGGGGUGGAAUGGCAGUACAUCACUUGAUGCUGAAAAAUCCUCAAUUAACCGCUGGGGUGUCCCUCUAUGGGAUAGUUAGAGACUCUGAAGAAAGAUACAAUUUACUAAAUCCCACAUUUUUCAUUUUUGGUGAGAAAGACCACACUAUUUCUUUGGAUCAGAUCUUCUUAUUGGAGGACAAGCUGAAACAGUAUUGUAAAGUUCCAUAUAAAAUUAAAGUUUAUCCUGGGCAAGUUCAUGGCUUUGCACAGCUGAAGCCAGAAGAUAUGAAACCAGAAGAUAAACCUUACAUUGAAGAAGCUAGAAGGGAUAUGAUUGAUUGGCUCAAAAUGUUUGUUUGACAAUAGCAGAAAGGAAUGCUAGGCUUCAAGAUCAAAGAUUCAAUUUGAGAGAAGAAAACAGUCAAGGGAAAAAGAUCUCAUUUUGAAAACUGUCACAAAUUAAAAUUGGAUCAUUUUAAUUUAUAGUUUUAAAUUAUUUUUUACAAUAUUUACAGAAGAUUGGGAAAUAAAAGUUGGACUAAAGGAUGAUUAGGCAUUAAAAA